AUGACUGCAGAAAACUACCCUAGAGCCUCUGAUCUGACUGUUGUUCCCAAGAAGUACGAAGAAGCUGGUGGAGACCUACACCAAGACUUCCAAGAUCUCAUUGCCACCCUACCCAGGCCACAAAAUCGGAUAGGACUGGAGGAGUACCAAGGUUUCUGGUUUCCUAAGGUACUAAUGCAAGGAGUCCUCAAAUGCCAAAACCAAUUCCAGGCUCGUGACUCUGAUAUCCUCCUCGCUACUUCACCAAAAUCUGGCACUACAAGGCUUAAAGCCCUCGUUUUUGCCAUCAUCAACCGCAACACACGUGAUCCAAUAUGCUCCAUCCUCAAUACUAACCCUCAUAGUCUUGUUCCCUUCUUGGAAGUCCUCCUACAACAUGAAAACACAUCAAAUCUGAAUUCAUUUCCGUCGCCUAGGAUCUUCUCUUCUCAUAUCCCAUAUGUUUCGUUGCCAGAGUCCAUGAAGCAAUCGAGGUGUAAGAUAGUGUACUUGUGUGGAAACCCUAACGACCUAUUUGUCUCGUUGUGGUUGUGGCAUUUCCUGGGUAAACUAAAACCAGAAACCCAGGGGCCCCACUCAGUGGAGGAUUCCUGUGAGGAGUUUUGUCGAGAAGUGAGCAUUUAUGGGCCAUUUUGGGACCACAUGUUGGGGUACUACAAGGAAAGCUCAGAGCGGCCAUGGAAGAUAUUAUUCUUGAGAUUUGAGGAGUUGAAGGAAGGUCCAGUUAAGACUUUGAAGCAACUAGCUGACUUUAUCGGGUAUGGCAUUUCUCAAGAGGAAGAAAAUGGUGACGUUGUGGGAAAUUUAUUAAAGCUUUGUGAUUUUGAGAAUUUGAGCAGUCUAGAAGUGAAUAGAACUGGAAGUACAGUGUUUGGGUUAGAGAAUAAGCUCUUUUUCCGACGUGGAGAAGUGGGUGAUUGGAAGAAUCAUCUUUCGAUUGACAUGGUCAAAAGACUUAAUGCUAUAACUCAAGAAAAGCUGGAGAAACAUGGCUUGAAGUCUUAAAUUCAU